AUGGAGAACGGCUUCGCGCUGGAUGCGUACCACGUCCCCAAAUGCGGUGCAGAAGGGCCAGUACACGGUGGAACCAUGCCAAAGGCGUCCAAUGAGGCUGGCAGUUUGUUCACUGAGGUGAAGAAGAAUGCAAAGUUGCCUGGUCCAGACUAUUACAACAAAGAAGGGAAGCCUUUUGGCCAAAAGGCGCCCUUGGGGCAGUUCAGCCGCAUUGCUCGGGACGAUCACAACUCCAAGAAGAACUGGCCGGCGGUUGGCCAGUAUGAAACCAUCACCCCGGUCUGUACGCCGCGGACGCGUGGGGGCAUUAUGGCCAAAUCUGCGCGUGGAUGCCUCAUCUACGACCAGGCGGUGAUGGAGGGCAAGUGGAAGCCAGCGCCUGGAAAGUGCGCUGACGGAAUCAACGGAACUGGGGCUGGUGGAAUCGGCGGUUGGACUAGGGGAGCUGAGAAUGAGUGCGACGGCUUUUUGGUGCGUUUGAUUUUGCUGGUGAAAGAGAGCAGCUGA